GCGGGGCUCCCCUGCGACGCCUUAUAAGCUGGCCGUGCUUCCUUUGCGGGGCGGGAGUGGCAGGGCUGCCUCUUUGAGCCCCCCACCCCCACUACCACCCAUGGGCUUCUGGCAAGGGAGCGCAGCGUUGCUCUUUUGCUGCAAAGCGCAAGCGGCGGCCUUUAUUCUGCGCAGAUCGGUUUCCAAAUCGGUGCAAAAGGCUCGUCAGUCUGCUGGUUUGCUCGUUGCCACAAUGGCCCAGAGGGCCUUCCCGAAUCCUUUUGCAGACUAUGACAAAUCCUUGGCCACGGGAUACUUUGACUCUGCAGGGAGGCUGACUCCUGAGUUCACCCAGCACCUGAACAAUAAGAUCAGGGAGCUUCUCCAGCAGAUGGAAAGGGGCCUGAAGUCUGCGGACCCCAGAGAUUGCACUGGCUACACCGGCUGGGCAGGCAUUGCUUUGCUAUACUUACAUCUGUAUAAUGUCUAUGGAGACCCAUCCUUCCUCCAGAUGGCCCAGGAAUAUGUAAAGAAGAGCCUGAGUUGCCUGACAAAGCGAUCCAUCACCUUCUUGUGUGGGGAUGCUGGACCUCUGGCAGUGGCUGCUGUGGUAUUCCACAAACUACAGAACGACAAGCAAGCAGAAGAUUGCAUUGCCCGCUUGCUUCAUCUGCCCAAACUUGACCCUCGGGUCCCUGACGAGAUGCUCUACGGACGUAUGGGGUACUUGUAUGCUUUGCUAUUUGUGAACAAACAAUUUGGGGAGGAAAAGAUUCCUCAAAACCAUAUUCAACAGGUCUGUGAGGCAGUUGUGGCAUCUGGCGAGAACCUGGCCCAGAGGCGGAACUUCACAGCUAAGAGCCCCCUGAUGUAUGAAUGGUACCAGGAAUAUUAUGUAGGAGCUGCUCAUGGCCUGGCAGGGAUCUAUUACUAUCUGAUGCAGCCUGGCCUUGGAGUGAGUCAGGCAAAACUGCACAAUGUGGUCAAGCCCAGUGUGGAUUACGUCUGCCAGUUGAAGUUCCCGUCGGGCAAUUACCCGCCAUGCAUUGAAGAUAAGAGAGACCUGCUGGUCCAUUGGUGCCACGGUGCUCCUGGCGUUCUCUACAUGCUCCUUCAGGCCUAUAAGGUGUUUGGCGAACAGAAGUACCUCAGCGAUGCCUUGCAGUGUGCUGAAGUGAUUUGGCAGUGGGGGUUGCUGAAGAAAGGUUACGGGCUGUGUCACGGUACAGCUGGCAAUGCAUAUGCGUUCCUGGCUCUCUACAACCUCACUCAAGACAUGAAAUAUCUCUACAGAGCCUGCAAGUUUGCAGAAUGGUGUUUGAGUUACGGGCAGCAUGGUUGCCGGACACCAGACACUCCGUUUUCUCUCUUUGAAGGAAUGGCUGGAACAAUAUAUUUUCUUGCUGACCUGCUGGUACCAGCCAAGGCCAAGUUCCCAGCUUUUGAACUGUAAAUUCCAUCCCAGCAUGAAGCUUGUUGCACUUCACAUCUCUGGAAAAGGCAGAUUAAAUGGAUUUCAUCUCAUAUCUUGUCUAACAUGGAAAAAUCUUUGGGGUUUAUCAGUACAGUAUUUUACAUUCUUUUCAGUGUCUGAUCUGCUUUUAAAAGUUACUAGCCAAUUUAUUAUGUGCAUUGUUUAGGUUUACAGGUAAGGAACAGGCUUUUAAAGCUGGCAAAUGCACUAUAUUUUGUUGGAGUAUUUUUUUAAAAAAACUUGCUAUUUUAUGUAUCUUAUUUUGAGGAAGGGGGGCUUUUCACAUUAUGAAUAUAUCUUUCUCAGUUUUAAUGAUAAGGGUGCAACUUGGUUAAUGUUUUGUAAAGAUAGAAGGGAUAAAAUAUAUGGAGCCCAGCUGUUUGCCCUGUGUGUGUGUGUGUGUGUGUGUGUGUGUGUGUGUGUGUGUGUGUGUGUGUUAUCCCUUCUAUCUUUCAAAUUACAUGACAUGUAAGAAAUGAGGAAUUUCUUGGAAUUAAACAUACAGAGAAAAAAGGAGGUGUAAAUUGAGGUUGUUGCAUUCAUAAUCCCCAAGAAUAAUUAUUAAUAUUGGAGGUUAAUAACAUUUAUUUCCUGCUCCCCCUUGUGUUAACAGGUAUUGUCCUCAGGGUCUUGUGAUAUUAUCACUUUCAAGCUGGAACCUUGGUUGUUUUUUAAGUAGCUACAGCUAUUUUUCUUGAAUAGCAGCAAUGCUUAUUUAUGAUGUUCUCCAAUAACUCUGCAAAGGCUUGUAGCUAUGACAGGAAUGUACCAAAGUCUCAUCGUCCCACUUUUAAGCAAAGGUUCUGUUUACUGCUGCUUGCUUCAUCAGCACCCAGUGCCUAAGCUUAUAACCCCUUGAACUGAUAAUACAGUUUCUUCAGUGAAUGCUUUGAGAUCUGUGGCAACCUAGUCUAGCAGAGACAUCGUGCUUUUGGACUUGUUACCUCAUGUAUUUUACAAUCUGCAACAGGUUGGAACUAAUUUGCAUCCUCUGUAGCAAAUCAGUGUGCUACCAGAUCUUUGUGAAAAGGGCUAUCCAAACCAUAAUUUGGUGUCAGACGGCAAUGUGGCAUAAGCUUGACCUAAUAGUAGAUUCUCGAAGUAUUCUUAAAAGUGGAAAGUACCCGUAUGAAGUCAGGUAGGCAGCAAACCUCAAACUGAUCUGGGGCUGUGUAAGUGAUAUGGAAAGCUCAAUUUCAGGUUCUGCUUCAGAGGAUGACAAGAUAGUUGGUCUCAGGGUCCUGGAAAAUGCCCAGAGUGCCUGCUGCUCUAUCACUGCUACCUUGUUCCCUUUGUCCAGCAUAUCCAAUAUGGUUCAGAUUUAGCCUAAAGCAUUUCUAGGUAUGCAUGUCCUGAUUCUCUGAGGUUAGGGGGACCCACUGAGGGUGCCUUGCCUGAGAGCCCCCAAAUCCUGGAGUUAGCCCUGGUAAGUGUCACUGAUAGCUGACUGCUGCCUUGGCUCCUUCCAGUUGAUUGUUGGAAGGGACGGAUAACUGUAUGCUUCCCCAUCCCAUGUCAGCAUAAAUUACUAGGUUUUCUGGUAGCUUAAAAAUACUUUCAGAGGAGGAGCAGCCAAAGGUUGGUUUGGAUCUGCUAGUAGAUUUGCUGUAGAUAAGUAAGUAGGUAAGUUUUAAUAAUAGUUCUUUAAUAAUAAUAGCAACAAAACAAAACAACUUUUCUCUUAAUCUACUGAAAUGAAGAAAGCUAACCAAGAGCAUUAAAGGACUAUGAGCUAACUCUAAUGACAGAUCUUUUGUGUCUGCCUCUGGUUUGUAGAUUUUUUGGGUUCUAGAAGAAAUACAAAGUAGAUCCGACAAACUUCAAGUUUGCCCUGUCCUGUUUUAGACCAGUUGUUCUGAAGACGUUGCAAUCUCCUUGACUUUCAGGCAAAGCAUUUCUGCACUGGUGUGGACAAUUAAAUUGAAGCUUUUAAAACACAAUGAAGCUAAUUUGCCUGUUGCCAGAUGUCACAGUUGUCACAAUUAAAACCGCCUUGGACCAGUAUCUUUGUCUUAUAUUCUUUCUGAACAUCGGCUAUGUUGUGAAUAAACUAAAAUUGCACUUCCAAGGAUGGAGAAUACAGCCUGCGCUGUACUUGCAUCUUCCCUUUAACUAUGAGAUUCCCUGGCCCUCAGGGUAUGCAGUGAGUCUCCCCAAGAGGACACAAGCAAUUGUCAAGAGUGGUACAGUUUCUCUCUUCCAGCCCAACAUGCUGGAACAUACCCCUCUCAAAAUCAGUAGCUGUACCCAUGUGCACUCACAGAGUUUGUACUUAAGCCCUUUUCAUGGGUUCCUGCUUUGAGAACUGCUUCCCUCUAUUUGACGCCAGAGCCAAGAUGAGAGCAGGCAGCGCCUAGUGCAGGGGUGGGCAGUUAAACGGAGGGGUGCAGGGGUGCACCCCUAGUGCAGGGGUGGCCAGUUAAACGGAGACCGUUUAACUGGCCCACAAGUUGCCCCUGAAACGAGCCGCCUGCUUGGUGAGUCCCUGCGCGCUGCGCUAAACUGGCACAGUGUGGCACAGGGACUCUCUUCCGCAGCUCUGGAAAUCACGUCUGCACAUGUGCAGAUGCCAGAAAUCGCAUCUGUGCAUGUCCACGGUGCCGGAAAUCACUUCUGCGCAGGUGCGAUUUCCAGCGUCUGGGCAUGCACAUACACGAUUUCCAGCAUCGUGCUGCGCCGGUCUGGCCCAUGGAGGAUCUCUGCAGGAGUGAUCCAGCCCAUGCCUGGUAAGCCUUGCCAUCCCCUGGCCUAGUGCAUGCCUAUGUUCUCAGCUACAACUUUCUUUUAACCAAGGAGGUUUGCCACGACAGUUUUCGAGAACCUGUGUGCCACAGCGUCACCAUGGCUACAGCUUUUAAUUUUAACCAAGGAGGUUUGCCACGACAGUUUUCGAGAACCUGUGUGCCACAGCGUCACCAUGGCUACAGCUUUUAAUUUAUAAACAUUUGUACCAGCUUAUAUUUGAAUGUUUUUGAAACUGCAGGGGGAAAUGGCUCAUUAGCUGGAAGCUGUGAGACAUUUAAUAAAGUGCAACCCUGAAGAAUAGACUGUUAUUUUUCAUCUUUCACAUGCCCAUGUAUAUGUGUGUGCAUGCUUAUGUUCAAUACUCGUAUCCUAAAAUCAAAAAUUCCACAAAUAAAACAGAUUUUAGUUCUUAAAGUGUAUAAAAAUGAGCAUUCAUAUUGGGUUUACAGUCAGCAUGGGUGAUGUGUAAUGUUUGUUUUACCUAGAGGCUGCUUAAGCCACAAAUUA